AUGCAUGAUCUUGCCUUUCUGAUUAAGAUAUUGAACAGAAUUAACAAAUCCUGUAUUUGCAAACCUUCUUCCGUUCCAAAGAAUAUCCAAGAUCGAGAUCUCUUGAUUUCCUGCUUCUUGGAAAAUUUUAUUGAGAUGCUCAUCUAUUCCUAUUGCAAGGAUUAUAGUUUCAAGUUUUGCAAGGUAUUUCCCGGAGAUUCUUCUCAUUAUAUCGAAUACAUUCAAUUGAGCUGCUCCAAGUGUAAUGUUAUAAGCUCUUUCUCUGAGAAGCUUUGCAAUAUUGCUAUUCAAUAUUGA